AUGAAAGAGGUAAUCUCUAAAAAGAGACCAAUAGGAGAUGGAUCGGUAACCUUUAAUGAAAAAUAUAGUGCAAUAUCACCAGGUGGGAUAAUCCCAAUUAAGCAGAAGGAUCCUGGAUUUGUCACAGUCCCAUACACUAUAAAAGACAGAACUUUCAAGAAGGUACUUAUUGAUUCAGGAGCUAGUGUGAGUCUGAUGCCAUUGUCAAUCUAUCAAAGGCUUGGUAUUGGAAAAGUCAACGAUACAGGGACGAAUCUGAAAUUUGCAGAUCACUCCAUCAAGAAUGCAUAUGAGAUAGAGGAAGACGUACUUGUGAAAAUAGAUGAAUUUAGUUUUCCUGUUGAUUUUGUGAUCAUGGACAUACCUGAGGAUGAAGAGACACCUAUCAUUCUGGGUCAACCAUUCAUGCAGAUAAGCCGAUGCAAUUUCGACAUAGAACAUUGUACACUAACUUUAAAAGUUUAUGAUGAUGAACUAACCUUGAAUGUGCUUGAAAACGAGAAGCUGGAGGUAGAAAAAGAAAACCACUAUCAGGUAGGCACGAUCAGGACAGAUGUGAAAGGCCAAGGUAACAUGCCAACAACAGAAAAAGGCUCAAGAAGUCCAUCUCAACUGGUAUCACCUCCAUUAGCAACCCCGAGUGGAAAGACUCAUAUUCCAUUCCAAAAGCUAUGA